AUGCAGAAGAUUGGACAGGGGAGGGACGCGUCCAAGGGGGGAACCAACGGAGGCUUGGGAUUUUGCAUCUCGGCUGCAUCCAUGGGCCAGGGAGGCGAAUGCGCGGUGGAGCGGCUGCGCUUGGACGCGACGGCGAGGCUGGCCGGGCACGCUGUCGUCGAGAAAGGCACGCACGUCGAGAUCCUGGGUUCGCAGAGGAGGGUUCGUGUGGAUGCGGUCGAGUACGACGGCUACCCGGACGCCGAGCGUCUCCUCUCGUUAGAGGAAGAGACGUGGCUAGGCAGGUGA